GUUAUAUAUCACAUUUUUUUAAUUUUGUAGAGGACGCGGACGCUCUACUAACGCGCAAUCACUGCGCCGUGAAAUGUCCAAGAAUUCAAUUCGAAGGCGUAAAUCUUUAACGACCUAUAGAAUAUCGACACCUCAGUAUUCGCACUUGAUAAUAGGGUUUACUCGGUUUCACCGGGGGAUUUCCCAUGUAUUUUUUUUUCUUGCUAUCACGAGACGUACGGAAUACUUACAUUAGGCGAUAUUUCAGAAAGUUCGAUAAGGGCGUAGCCUAGAUAGUGUGAACAAGAAAACUUUGCAGAGUAAAAUAAAAUCUCUGAGUCUCUAGCCUAUUAACUACUGAGCAGACAUUCCGUACCGCAUAGCAAAUUGCACAUGGGUUAUUUUUCUCGUCUUUUUGCUUUGAGUUUGAUGCUGUCAAUGGGCUUUCACAUCUGCUUUUGCCUGACAAUCAAGAACCCAUUGCGUAUGAUACCCGAAUGCAGCCAUUUUUCACCAGAUCAAACUCAGGCAAGCUUUUACACAACAGCUGAUGGGCAUAAUUGUUGUAUGUGUCCAAUGGGAACUUAUCUAGCAGCGGAUUGCAGAACUGGAAACCCAAAUUCAACAAAUUGCGUUCCUUGUGAAUACAAUGAUCUCAAAAAAACAUAUGUGGAUUUUGAACCACAUAAUCAAGUAAAAUGCUACACAGAUUCCACGGCAUGUAUGUCACAUAUGGUUGCUGUUGGUGGUUCACCCACUUCAAAGGCAAGGUGUGAGUGUCCAGAAGGUUAUAAAAAAGUACAUAUCAGAUGUGAGAAGAUUGUAAAUCCAACUUCAAAAGUGAUGCAGCACACACCAUCUAGCACCUAUUCGACAGAAGCUUUCGUCUAUACAAGUACAGCAGAAAUGAUGAAGUCUACUUCCAUCCACAGUAGUACCGAUACCAAUGUGAAAGAAAAAGAUGUUUAUCGUCAAACUACUGCCGAUGAGUUUUCUGCAUCUUCACUUGCCUAUUUCGAUCAAACAUCGAAUUCUAUCGAUGACCAAUAUGCAAACAACAAUGUAGUUACAGUGACAUUUACAACAACUAUUAUAGCAAUUGGAAUUAUUACUGCAUUGGUAAUUUGUUUGAUACUCUACUUCAAAGUGUUUUCUUGGUGUCAAUGUAAUGGAAAGAUUGCACAGACAUUUGGUCCACCAAUAGCAACAACUGCAGUAUAUACUCCUGGUGUGUUUAUGUCUGUUGAUUCAAGAUCCGAAGAGGAAAAUUCUUCAAUUUUAGAUGUAGAUGACAUAGCUGCUGCUAUAGAAUCAGAUUCCAUCGAAGAAAAUGUUCCGCUUAAUAAUCGUGCUGAAGCCUACAAUGUUGAUGAAAAUAAUGACGUUAAUGCACAACCUUUCAAUUAUUAUGAAAACCGAGCAAUUCCACCAAUCCAGCCACAAGGAGAACAGCUUCAACGCAAUGAAGUGGCAGAUGUUCAACCACGGCCUCUUACAGAACUUGAGAAAUAUCAACGAUAUGAUGUAUUGAUGGAGAUUGCAGAUGAAAUUACAUUAUCACAUUUGAGUAAAGUUGGUCAUACAUUGUUGAGGCAGAGAACACAAAGCCUUGAAGACAUUCUUGGAAAACCGCAAAGUACUCAUGGAAAAGCGAUGGCCAUCUUUAAAAGGUCUGUUCAGAUUAAUCCUACCUUAAGAUUGGGAGAAUUUAGAAGAAUUUUCGAAAAUUUCAAGAUGAACUAUCUUAGAGAAAUCAUUGAUAAAAAGUUAUGUGAAAAUGGAAGGGCUGAAGUCUAGUCAAGACUGUUUCAUUUUUUUUUUGUGCCAUAUUUUUUUUACUUUUUCUAAUUACUAUUUUCUUUACUUGUUUUUCAUGCUUAUUUUUAUUUUAGUUAAAUAAACAAAAAAUACUGAAUAUGCACCGAAUCCAUCAUUGACUGUAAACUGAUUUUCCACCUGCACAAAGCAAUGAUCUCAAAUUCACAAAAAAAAUUAACUAAAUCAUCUAUAUUUCUCACCUAAAAUAGGCCAUUCCAUCAAUUUCGCAAUAUAUUUAAACUUAAUUAUUGUGCUAAUGGUAUAAACUGGAAAAAACAACAACUUUGCUCACUCACUCAUACUGAGUUUAUGAGAAUUUCUCAUGUUAUGAUUGCUCAUCAUAAGACUCGAAUCCUAAGUGCCCCAGCGUCAUUUUACGCAGCUAUUUCGCAAGGGCAAUCCAUACUUUUUCAGAUUAUAACCAGGACAUUUGAUGGUGAAUAUAUUGGAAUGGUUGUGAUAUUUGUCCUGUGUUCCACUUUUAAAUACCUGUUUCACACUGCGUUCCUUUAUUACUUAUUGAUUAUAAUCAGUAAGUAUGUUGAUAGGUAUUUGUCUGUCAGUUAGAUGCACACGAUAUCUCACGAAAACGAGAUUGAAUCUGCUUCAGAUUUUGCAUGUGCAUUCAUCAUAUGU